AUUCUUGGAAGAUUUCCAUUUAUCUCGAAGUCGGCUUAGAAUAUCGCGGAUGAGGAUACUUUCCUUAUUCUUCGGAGCUUUUCGGAAGAUUUCCUGAUUUGAGUCGAUCUUCGAAGAUUCUCCUUUAUCAUUUCCGGGUAUAUCGGAAAUGAUCCUUCUUUUCCGGAAAUGCUGUUAAGAUACUUCAGCGGCUGCCUGGUGACGAUCGGUGUGUUUGGCUCGGGGCAGGAUGACGAGGCGCCGAGGAGAUCGGCUCGGGUACCUGAGACGACUAGGGUCGGGUACCCCGAGGUGACUGAGCUCGGGUACCCCCGAGGCGACGGGCCCGGGUACCCCCGAGGCGACGGGCUCGGCCGGAAAAUGUCUCUCUCUGAUUCCAGUGGUUCGUCCCGAGGCAACACCCUUAUCCCUGUCUACAAGAGAAAAAUGGUCUGGAGUUCUUCGAGUGACCCCGAGGCGGACACCACGGAUCGUCAGAUCGAGCUGUACCGCGGUAGUGAUGCAGAGUCGACCUCACGGGAAGAUGACCCGAGUCGUUUCAUCGCUCGGGAAGACGCGAUUGCGGAUGUGGCUCGGGAUCAGGAUUUGCCCGACGAUCCCGAGGCGAUGUUAAGUAGGAGGGGGGUCCGUCCACCGGCAGCUGGUGAGGCUGGAGUCUCGUGCUGGCAAAGUGCACCUGAGGCGCCCCCACUUUCUAUUAAGGCCGAGGAGGUUCACUAUGAUUCUGACGAGGCGGCCAGGUUGCUUCAAUCUAAAGUUCAAGCAGCCAAGGGUCAACGGAAAAGAGGACGAGCCAAGAAAGCGAGGAAACCCGAUCCCCCAGGUUCCACCUUAUGCACGGAGGAUUCCCUUCGGGAUCUCAAGGCCCGAUUUGGCUUUAGCGAGGGGGUUGAACUGAGACUUCCUACUCCGAACGAGCGAGCAGAUGAUCCGCCCGAGGGGUUUUUCACUCUUUAUGAGGGGUUCUUUUAUCACUGCUACCUCUGGCUUCCGAUUCCGAGGCCUAUAUUGGCGUUUCUAUGGUCGUAUAAGAUCGCUUUGUCUCAAAUCACAACCCGAGGCCUGCGCCAUCUUAUAGGGAUUCUGGUCCGAAGUAUCGAGACGGUAAACUUUGUUGACCUUAGCCACCUAAGGCAUCUGCUAGAAAUCCGGCGCAUACCGGGUCCUGUUGAGAGGUUUUACAUUUCUCCGAGGCCGAAUAGGAGGGUUAUCGGCGGAUUUCCGAGCAAGGAUGAGAAGUAUACUGACCACUUCUUCUUCGUAGCUUUGAACGAUUACAGUAUCCACGAGGAUUACUUGGGGAGAGUUGUUGGGAAGUGGAGAACAAUUGACCGGAACCCGUCGUUCUUAGAAGACAUUCCCGAGGGCUUUCUAGAUCUUCACGACGAACUGAUAGCUCGGAAGUGCGAUUGGACGAAGCAUUUUUCCCGAGGUAGAAUCGAGAGGGCCUUACGUUUGUUGCACGGAGCUCCUUGCCAAUCCUCUUCAGAGUCAUCUGAUCAUCAACUAGAUCACCUUAUCGAGAUGCAGGUCGUGAACGACGCCGAGGUCGCUGUUGGUACCGAGGCGAUUGAUGAAGCUCGGGAAAGCACGGCUCUGACUGGGACUGAGGUCUCUGUCGACGCUUUGUCGACAGAAGUACCCGAGGCGGCAGGGACCUCGGUUGUUGUUGCUCUAAGUGCCGAGGCGAAGGCUAAGGCGAAAGGUAAGAGGCCCCGAGGCGAUAGCUCGGGAGGCCGUAGGAAGGAGAAGAGGAGUCGCAAUGAGGCUCCCAUCUACAAGGAUAAGAUGGCCUCUGCCAAUCUUAUCGCUUCUUGCUCGGGUCCGACCCUAGCUGCGCCCGAGGCCUUGCUGGAGGCCGAGAUGUACCGCGAAACCGCUGCGGGAAAAUCUGAGGCAGAUGCCAAAAUUGCCGAGGCCAACGCUAAGGUCGCCGAGGCGGAUGCUAAGGUCGCCGAGGCCAACGCUAAGGUUGCCGAGGCAGCGGCCAGGGUUGCUGAGGCGGAUGAGGCUAAGCAGGGGGCUGAGGCGCUGGCUAAGGCAGAGAAGGUCGAGCGGUUGAAAACGGCCGAGGACGGUCUCCGCUUGCGAAGUAAGUUCGAGGCUGAAAUCGAACGCCUGAACCGGUUAUUCACCGAGGAGAAGUCCCUUCGGGAGAAAGAGGUUGCUCGGGAGCGCAAGGCGGCUAAAAAGGAGUUCACCAAGAAGAUCGAGGCGAUUGAGGCGAAAAUGGAGCUAUAUGGCAAGGCGUCCGAACGCUACAUGUUCCUGGUGCAGGCGAGGGCCAAUGCCGAGCUGAUCGCCGAACUUGAAGGUGGCAAGAAAGUUGAAGAGGAGAAGGAAGAAAUCCUCCAGUGGAAAGCAGAGUAUGGGGACGCCGAGGACGAGUUUGUCAGGCUUGGGACCGAGCUGCGGGAAGGUCUGAAGCUUCCCCCGGCUUCUCCAGAUUCUGUCGACGAUAGCUUCGGGAACCGAUCUAUCGAGGGAGUUGCCGUGGGAGUCGGUAUUCUUGACCAGGCGGGGACGAAUCUCGGUCCCGAGGCCGCACGCGCUCCAGAAGAGCAGGACGAAUAGUCCCGAUGCAUUUUCCUUCUCUCUUUUGUUUUUCUUUUGAGAUUUUGUAAAACUUGAUGCCUGGAUGGCUUUAUCCACUUGAUAUGAAUGCUUUUGAUUUAAUAUCUUUGUUUAUCCUGAGAUGUUCCCGAAUUACGUUCGAUACCAGUGUUUAGUAACCGGGUUUUCGUAAAUCUGACUUGUUAGUCGAGAAGUUUAAAAGUUUUGCCUAAUAAUUUUAACUUUCGAGC